GGGCUCCACGGACCCCGGGCCGGCUCGCGAGGGUGCGCCCUACCGCGGAGCCUCACGAUGCCGGAGGAACCCGAGGGAGGAACUCGUGGCCGCGGCCUCCCAGCCUGUACGGGUGGCGCCCGGUUGGGUCUCCCGCCACCCCCAGCAGGCCUUGCCAGCUCCGGGCUCUCUGGGGCCUGGUCCAACAGGCAACCCGGAAAAGCACUCUGCUGGCUUGGGUUCUCAGCAGGAACACAGGCCCUCAGACCCAGCUGGCUUCUGUCCCGUCCAAGGCAGUGCAGGGUGGCUGGAGCCUCGCUAGUGACACUUCUCCUGGACGCCUCGUCUGGCUUCUUCCCUGUGGAACUCCGGCUGUGGGCCAGCUCUUCUUCCUGCCCUACUCUCCACCCUUUUCCUGCCUCUGCCUCAUGUGGAUGCCUGACUUCCGUCCAUUGGGAGCUGAGAAGGUGAGCUCCCUGGGCAAGGACUGGCACAAGUUCUGUCUCAAGUGUGAGCGCUGCUCCAAGACGCUGACACCAGGGGGCCAUGCAGAGCACGAUGGAAAGCCCUUCUGCCACAAGCCCUGCUAUGCCACGCUGUUCGGACCCAAAGGUGUGAACAUUGGUGGUGCAGGCUCCUACGUCUAUGAGAAGCCUGUCUCGGAGGGUGUUCUGGUCACUGGCCCCAUUGAGGCCCCUGCAGCCCGUGCUGAGGAGCGGAAGGCUAGUGGCCCCCCAAGGGGGCCCAGCAGAGCCUCCAGUGUGACCACAUUCACCGGGGAGCCCAACCUGUGUCCUCGCUGCAACAAGAGGGUCUACUUCGCUGAGAAGGUGACAUCUCUGGGCAAGGACUGGCACCGGCCAUGCCUGCGCUGCGAGCGUUGUGCCAAGACGCUGACUCCAGGUGGGCAUGCAGAGCAUGAUGGCCAGCCCUACUGCCACAAGCCCUGCUAUGGAAUCCUCUUUGGACCCAAGGGAGUGAAUACCGGGGCUGUGGGCAGCUACAUCUAUGACAGAGACCCCGAAGGCACUGUUCAGCCCUAGACCCCUCCCUUCUGUGGGGCGGGGUCCAUCUGCCUCCUGCUGAUCCUGCCCAGGCCCCCUGUCUAGCUCUGUGGGGGACAGUGACCUGCUGCCCCCUGCCUCAGUGUGUCCUGCGUGCCAGGAGGAGGAGGAGGCAGAAGCCAUCUGCAGAGCGGCCCAAGCCCAGCCCAUGUUGUGGUGUGUCUCUGUCAUGGGGUCCCAUGUGUCCCCACAGCCCCUUCUGUGUGCUCCUGUGCCCAUCAUUCUCCAUGUCCCAUGUGUCCCCAUGACCCUGGUGGCUUUCUGAGGUGGCUGUCUUGCCCUCCUCCUGCUGCCCAUGCCUGUCCACCAAUAUUUAUGCUGCAGCUUGCCAGUGAUGGCCACCUGCUCACAGCGUCCCCAGGGUGGGGUCACUCUUCUGCCUGGCCCCCAUGCUGUCUCCUUACCCUCACAUGGCUCACAUUUGGUCCUGAGACUUUUGCUGUCAAUAAAGGUUUGGGGAUUGCAAGACCCAGUCUGUA